AUGACCGAACUUGAGGGAACUCGCUUCAUCGGUAACUCCCGGGCCGGACCAACAGUGGGCAUCAUUAGCCAAGAUGGGACGGGACGCCUUCCAGCUAUGGGCUGGAACUCGUGGAAUGAGUACGGUUGUGACAUCAAGGACAGUGAUUUUAUCAAGGUUGGCGAGCUGUUGAUCUCAUUGGGCCUAAAAGACGUGGGUUACGAAUAUGUCAACAUCGACGACUGUUGGAGCGACAAGGAGAAGAGACGAGACCCAACUACGAAGGAGAUUUUGCCGGACGAAGCCAAGUUUCCCCAAGGGAUCAGCCACACUGCUGAGGUGAUUCAUUCUCUGGGACUGAAACUUGGGAUAUACAGUGACGCUGACCUCAAAUACGACAACUGCAACGUUCCUACCGAGUUUACUGAUGAAUACGAGUACGUUCCGGAAGGGCCAAACACCGAUGCACCCAUCGGCUACGACUGGGGAAAGUCCAAGACCGCCAAACGCUACAAUGCGAUGCGAGAUGCUCUCCUCAAACAAAACCGAACAAUCCAAUACUCCCUCUGCGCAUGGGGCCACGCCCACGUCGAAAAAUGGGGCAACAACACCGGCCACAGCUGGAGAAUGUGGGGGGACAUCAUGCCCGCGUGGGAAGGCAAAAGCGAGUGGAGUUGGGGUCUGAUGCCCAUCGUAAACCAGGCAUCGUUUCUCUGGAACGCCACCGACUUUUGGGGGCACAACGAUUGGGACAUGCUGGAGGUUGGCAACGGAAACCUGACCAUCGAAGAGAGCAGGAGUCACUUUGCACUGUGGUGCAUGCUCAAGAGCCCCCUUAUCAUUGGCACUCGGCUUGACACCAUCGAGAAGCCCAUCCUCGACAUCCUCUCCAACAAGGAGCUGAUCGCUUUCAACCAGGAUCCUGUGUACGGUGCCUCGGCAAUGCCUUUCAAGUGGGGCUACAACGAGGAUGGCACUUCGGACAUGGUUCAUCCCGCCGAGUACUGGGUGGGCACUUCGGUGAAGGGCCUUCACCUCUUUAUGCUAAACACGCAGGAUAAGAUUGUGAAGAUGCAUGUCCAGUUCAAUAGCAUCCCGGCGCUGCGCCAUCGCUCCAAUGCCGAGUACCUCGUCCACGACAUGUGGACCGGGAAAGACUUGGGCAGAUUCCGCGGGAAGAUUGCCUUGAACGUGGCGCCUCACGACACUGCGGCGUUGAGGAUCACAACUAUUCACGGUACGAUUGCGUCGCUGGCUUCAACCUUGAUAUUUCAUGCUGACUAG